CGUCACUGACAGAAAUGAGUUUCACUCAUGUUCAUGUUGUACAGCUACUUCUGUGUUGAUUUCUGCAUUGGCUGCUAUAUACUCUCGAUAACUGACACUUAUAAGAUGAAUAAAUGGCGGAUAUGAUAAAUGCGGAGAAUGAUGGAGAUCUUCAAGCUCAAAUUGAAGAGGUUGAGGCUUUGUCUUCUAUCUAUGGAGAUGAAUGGUGUGUGAUAGACGAAGCAUCCAGAGUAUUUUGCAUCAAAAUAUCCAGCGAUAAAGAGGAGCCAAAACUGACAGCUUGUUUGCAGAUAAUUCUUCCAGCUGAUUAUCCAAGUGCAGCUCCACCAAUCUACCAGAUCAAUGCGGCGUGGUUGCGAGGCUCUGAGAGGGUCAAAUUGGCAAACAGCCUGGAAGAUAUCUACGUAGAGCAUGCGGGGGAGAGCAUCCUCUACCUUUGGGUGGAGAAAGUUAGAGACUUCCUGGUGGAGAAAUCCCAAAGCUCAGAACCAGUGGAUCAACCAGAAAAAGUGAACAUGACAGCUGAGGAAGAAGUGGACGGCGAUGAGGACUUACCUGAUUUCAGGACUCUCAGACUGAACACAGAAAAUUCACAUCUUUUCAUGGAUCAGGCAAACGACGAAGAGACGCCACCAAUAAAACAUGGAAAUAGCAUCACAGACCGGCGGAGUACCUUUCAACCUCAUUUGGCACCUGUGGUCACCCCAAGACAGGUUAAAAUGGUCCUGGAGAAACUCUAUGAAAACAAGAAGAUUGCCAGUGCCACUCACAAUAUCUAUGCAUACAGAAUUCACUGCGAGGACAAGCACAGCUUCCUGCAGGACUGCGAGGACGACGGAGAGACGGCCGCAGGGGGGAGAUUGCUCCAUUUACUAUUCUGGACGUACGUAAUGUCCUGGUGGUUGUGUCUCGGUGGUACGGCGGUAUUUUGUUGGGCCCUGACCGCUUCAAGCACAUCAACAACUGUGCCAGAAACAUCCUGGUGGCGGAGGGAUUCACUCAGUCCACGGAUGAAGUUGCCAAAUCAGGAGGAAAGAGCAAAAGGCCAAAAAGCAAGAAGCCAAAAUAAAUUAGAAAAAAAAACAAAAAAUAAAUUGAAUCAAUAUUAUGCUCGCAGUAUUUGUCAUUAAAUUCUGCGAAAAGAUAAUUUAUAGCUUCAGUUGAAAUGUGUCUUAGAGGAUGAAACUGCUCUCCUGCAGUUUGCAAAUAAUUUAUCCAAAAUGUCUGUUUUUUUAAGUGUUUACAGAACAAAAUGCUUACAUUAUCAUCAAAUCAUAUGUUAAUUUAUUAAUGUAAGAUUAUUGAACCACUGUCCCAGAAAAUUAUCCAUGUGUCUUCGUUCAUGCAACUACUAAUUUAUCGUUAAGAUAAAUUUACAUGUAACCGGGGUCUCAGGGUGCACCAGUUCUAGCUGCGUGAGGUUGUAUGCGACACAACUUGUGGGAGACAAGCAACUUGAAGAAAGCUCUUUGUAUUAACAAUUAGAAAAACAAUACUGUCACAAUGAACACUAAUCACAGGCAAUAACCAGCAAAAAAAAUAAAUAAACGGUACUAUCAUAGAUCAUCUGAUUCCAGUCUUUGCAUCUCCGAGAGAAAGUCAAGUCAAUUCUCCAAGUGUUGCAGGUCAAAAGUAAAAAAAAUAAA